AUGGACGAGGAGAUCACUUUCGGAUCAAGGGAUGCGGUUCCCCUAGCGUCUAGGAACCAUGAGGCCAUCGUGAUAAACAUUGUCACCAACAACUACCGGGUAAAAAAGGUGUACGUCGACCAAGGUAGCGCGGUGGACAUCAUGUUCUAUCGGGUGUUCAAGGAGCUCGGCUUGGAGGACGGGCAGCUGACCCCAGUUCGGACACCACUGAUGGGUUUCACCGGACCCCCCAUCAACCCGGAGGGGAUGAUCACCCUGAUGGUCACGAUAGGGCAGGCCCCCAAAUGUCGGACCAUCCCUGUCAACUUCGUCGUGAUGAAGCAACAUUCUCCGUACAACGUGUUCCUGGGUCGGCCUGCAUUGAACGCUCUCCAAGCUAUCCCCUCAACGCUCCACCUCAGCGUCAAAUUCCCCACUCCGGGAGGAAUAGCCGAGGUACGCGGUGAUCCAGACGUGGCCCGAGCUUGCUAUCUGGCCAUGCUUCAAGGACGGGAGAAGGUGGUCGCCCAGACGACCUGCCUGGAACCCUACAUUCCAGGGGAGGAAGUUCGGCAGUUGGGCACCCAAGAUGAGAUAGAGGAAUUCCCCUUGAGGGAGGACCGGCCCGACCAGCUAAUCCGCAUUGGCAAGCUGCUACCCCCUGAGGAGAAGAGGGAUUUGAAGGCCCUAUUGAGGGAAUACUCCCAGGUCUUCGCCUAG